AUGCUGCUGCAACGCCUCGUGGUGAUGCUCUACUCGCUGUGGGCGCUGCUGCAGCGCGUCAAGCACAAGAAGUGGGUCCUGCUCGUGGUCGCCAGCUUCUACAUGGGCCUGCGCUCCACGCAGAAGGACCCUGUGGUGGGGAAGCCGCGCGACGUAUUCAUUAACCAUAUGAUCACGGAGACCAAGGACGACGGCAUCCACAUGGCGCCCACGCCCGUGCUGGCGCCCUGGACCAAUGCCAGCUUCGAGUGCGUGGGCUGGAAGCGCAUCCAGUCGUGUCGCGAGCCGAAGCCGGAGGACGAGGAAGAGGAGACGACGCCCGAGCCGGAGAAGGACUUCCUCGGCUGCUCGGAGGAGAUCGGGACGCAGAUGGCAGGCUACUGUAUCGUGCGGAACCGCACGUCCGGAGACCUGUACAAGCUCAUGGUCAGCUCGUGCGACUCGCUGCCGAAUGGCUACUACACGUGCGAUAUGGCGCGCGAUUUCUCGGAGUUUGGGUACCAUUCAGUUAAGUACGAGCACACGCCGGUGGCGCCGUCGUUGGCGUUGCCGUACGCUGCGACGAGCAAGCGACAACCGACGAAUGGAGUGCUAAUGAUCAUCUACGACCGCGUGCUGCCAUCCGCCUACGCGACGAUUAGGAUGCUGCGUAUGCAGGGCUGCGAACUGCCCGUGGAGCUCUGGUACCGGCCGGAUGAAAUGUCCAUUGACAACCCGAUCAUCCACAAACUGCUGUCGGACUACAACGUGCGCAUGCGCCCUAUCUUCGACCGUCGCGCAAUGGGCUUCCACGUCAAGCCGUACGCCGUGUACUACAGCAACUUUGACAACGUGCUGCUGCUGGAUGCUGAUAACUUGCCGGCAAAGGACCCGACUUAUCUGUUCGAAGAGCCCGAGUUCCUGCGUACGGGCGCCAUCUUCUGGCCCGACUACUGGCAGCCGUCCAACUCGCUUUUCCAGCUCUCGAACACCAGUCUGCUGUGGCAGCUUACGGGUGUGGACUACGUGGAUAUGUUCGAACAGGAGAGCGGCCAAGUUCUGAUCGAUCGACUGCGUAGCAAGCGUGCACUGGACAAGCUCAUGUACUAUUCGACGCACCAGCCCCGGCUACUGGAGCAAUUGCACCUCAUUUGGGGUGACAAGGACCUCUUCCGACUUGCCUGGCUGAAUAGCAGCCAACCGUUUCACUUUAUCAAGUACCCACCUGCAGUUGGCGGACUGGACCUGCAAAAGGAGAAGGGCGUCUUCUGUGGACUCGCCAUGAUUCAGCACGACGUACAAGGCAACCUCGUGUUCUUCCACCGCAACUCCAUUAAGCUCGACGGCAAGCCGGACCAGCCGCGGAUUAUGAGCCACAUCCAAGAGUAUUCUCUGGAGGGCAACCCGCGCGACUACCGCAUCUUCCAGGCAGUGUACGCCCACAAGGAGUGCUGCUACUACAUCGGUACCGACUCACUGCCCGACGGUCGACCAGCUACACAAGUCACGCCCAUCGACUCGACAAUGUACUCAUCUAUUGAGGACCUCGCCAUCCAGUUCUCUAUUGAGGCAAGGCAACUGCUGAUCGACGAUGCAAUGGCCAAUGAUCUCGGGUUCCGAUCCAUGCGCGUGCAGUACAUCGUGGCGCUGUUCCUGCUGGCCUAUGUGCUGGCCAUCAUCACAUUCGUGUGGUGCAAGGGCCGUCCGGCACGGGAACGAUUGCCCAGUCGGUGGAAACCCAUAGACUCCAAGGAGAGCUAG